AUGGUCAAGUCCACUCUCCUCCUCAGCGCCCUCGCCGCUGUUAGUUCCUAUGUCGCCGCCAAGGAGAUCAAGGUCAACGAGGAGAAGGCCGCUAAGCUAUACGACUCGGGCGAGGUGCACAACAAGCUCAUGGCCAGCAAGCAGGCUGUUUGGGCGAAGCAAGAGGCCGCUGGUGCUUUCGCCAGCGAGCAGUAUCCCAAGCUUGGGUACACAAAGUGUGUCGACGGUUACGCAGAGGCUAUUAAGGGUGAUGCCAACAACACCUUUGCCUGCCACAACGCUGAUCUUUACUCGUUCUUGAGUCACGCUGCGCUUGGUAGCACCGGCGGUCGAGGCUCGUCCUCUUGGGGAUGGACUUCCGAUAACGGACGUGAGUUUGUCGCUAUCGGUCAGUACGAUGGCACUGCUUUCGCGGAGAUCACCAAGAAGGGACAGCUCGUCUACCUUGGUCGUCUGCCCGAGUACUCUGUCCCCUCACAGUGGCGCGAGAUCCGCACGUACAAGAACUACGUCAUCAUCGGAUCCGAAGCCGUCGGCCAUGGUAUUCAGAUCUUCGACAUGAAGAAGCUCCUUAAGAUCAACCCCAAAAGCCCUGUUGUCUUUGAUGCGAAGAAGGAUCUCACCAGCCACUUUUCAGCUCUUCUGCCUGUUGGUCGGGCUCACAAUGUUGUUAUCAAUGAGGAAUUGAAGUACGGCGUUGCUGUUGGUGCUCAGCCUCGUACUGACCCCAACUGUCUCUCUGGACUCAACUUCUUCGAUCUUACUGAUCCUUCUAACCCAGAGUCUCUUGGAUGCGCCAAGGGAGAUGGCUAUGUCCACGAUGCGCAGUGUCUUGUCUACCGCGGUCCUGAUAAGCGCUACCAGGGCCGUGAUAUCUGCUACGGAUAUAACGAGGAUACCCUGACCAUCUACGAUGUCACCGACAAGGCUAAUGUCACCAACAUCAUCUCCAAGAUCUCUUACGAGGGUGCUUCUUACACUCAUCAAGGCUGGGUUCUCGACACUCAAAACCAAGAAUUCCUCGUCUUGGACGACGAACUCGAUGAGCGUGAUGGUAAGGGACCCGGUUCUGACGGUUACCCCGUGACUUUCAUCUGGGACAUUCGUGAUCUUGAGAACCCUAAGCAGACCGGUGUCUUCAAGCACCCCACUAAGUCUAUCGAUCACAACCAGUACGUCAUCAACAACUACAUCUACCAGUCCCACUACGGCGCUGGUCUCCGUGUCCUUGAUGGCCGCUCCAUUCCUCAAGACCCCACCGGCGCUGGAGUUUAUGAAGCCGCUUGGUUCGAUAUCUACCCCGAAGAUGAUGCUCUUCCCGGCGGCGGUAGUGUUGCUUUUGUUGGAACUUGGUCUUCUUAUGCUUACUUCAAGUCGGGAUACAUCUUCAUCAACACUAUUGAGCGUGGUGCUUUUGUUGUUAAGCUUACGAAGGAUGCUUUCAAGAAGCCAAAGAACUAG